UACACGCAUUUCCUCUGAAGUUUUGCGAGCAAGCGCGAAAAGCCUGACGCUGUCAGAAACCUGCCACUGCUUUCAUGAGCCCAUGUUCAAGUAGUAGGCUAUGGAUUGAUCUCUUUGAAGUUCACUUUUUUGAACAACACAUUACCCAUCGGCCAUCUCUGUUAUUUUAAUUUAGCUUAAUAGCUUUCGCCCGUUCUUUAAUCUCGAAUCUCCAUGGUAAUGGAACUGGAGGCCAAACCUCUUCUAACUGCCUCUAGCUGUGGGUCCCAUAAGAGUGGUGAUGAUAAAGUACGGACGCUGGUGACGGAAGUAAAGAAAAGUCAGGUGAAGGAAGAAGUAGUAUCACCGUCGAUGAAGGUGGGCAUCGGGAUUGCUGUUGCGCAUGGCCCUGCGAUCAUCAGACAUGGAAAGCCUCUGUUAACUGCAGCCCAGCUGGAUGAGCUUCAACGACAAGUGGCGAUAUACAGGUACAUAGCAGCUGGUCUCAUUGUGCCGUCUGCACUUGUGCUUCCCAUUUGGAAGAGCGUUGCUGCCUCUUCUGGCUUUGCUAAUGGUGGAAUCUACAGACCUUACCCAAGCAUUGUGGAAUUCAGUCCUCAGGAUUUAAAUUAUAGAAACAUGAUGGAUUCAGAACCAGUGAGGUGUAGAAGAACUGAUGGGAAAAAAUGGAAGUGUAGGAGGAGUGUGGUUCCUGGUCAAAAGUAUUGUGAGCGGCACAUCCACAGAGGCCGUCAACGUUCAAGAAAGCCUGUGGAAGCUUCCCAAACUGUCACUGAUUCUAAUGCUACACCACUUCACAAUUCAAUCAAGAAUUCCCCAAACGUCAAUUGUUCCAGUUCAACCCCUGCAACUUUAUCUAAUAAUCCUGUUAUAAGCUGCAAAAGCUCUAGCACUGCCUGUAGUAAUCUUGAUGCCACACUCAAUUGCACAACCAAGACUACUAGUGUUGUUAAUGUCCCAAAGAGCAUUAGCACGAACAUGACCCCUAGCGGCGUUGCUGGCUGCAUAAAGUCCACUGCAGUCACAAUCAACGGCAAUGUUCACAUGGAUUCCACUGUCACCACAGCAAUUGUAGGAACUAACAAGAAUUGUAAUGAAAACUAUCACAUGACUAAUGUCAUUAGUGAUAAGUAUGCAAACUGCAGCAACUAUGUUAGUUUGAAGAAUCUAAUUGGUGGCGGUAGCAACAGCAAAGACAUCAGAAAUACCCAAGGUGCCACAUCUCAAGGAUUCGACUUCUCACAGAACAGUGUUCUUCAAGUUCAAGGUUGCAGGGACCCACACUUCUUUCGAAGUUAUGCAGAACCUGAACCAAGGAGGUGUAGAAGAACAGAUGGAAAGAAGUGGCGAUGCCGAAGGGAUGUUGUGCCUAACGAGAAAUACUGCAAGAUGCAUAUGCACAGAGGUGCAAAGAAGCGUGUAGAGGUUUCCGAGCCACCUGCUUCUGGUAACUCCACUAGCAGUCAUCCGCGUACUCCUGCGAUCUUGCCCACGAAAGAGAACGUUAUUACAGACUUAAACACUAAUCUCUCAAUCUCAAUCUCUGUGAAUCCUCAACUUGUGACUAAUGAUAAUGCGAGUGACAACACUGUCAGCAGUGAUACCACCAUCAGUGACACCAUAGUUGCCUCCUGUGAAGAUGGGGACUUCUCUUCAUAGGCUUCUGUCUGGAUGGUUGUGAAAGCCCUUUUCGUGCUCCUGAAUCUGCCAACAUCCUGAGAUCAGUUUUGAGAGGCAUGGAGAUUUUAUAUGGAAAUAUAUGUAAUCAAUGAACUUCUUUUUGUGUUUUUAUUUGAUAUCCUUCUUGGUUUAUACCUCCGAAGUUUUAAAUGUUAAAGCAAAGGAGAAAACAUAGGACCUUAUGAAUUCUUUGCAGGUAAGGAAUAGCUUGUUUUUGAUGUCCCAUGUAUAAAAGAGAGAAAUCUGUGCCAAAGGGGGUAUCAUUUAAAAAUUUAUCAGCUAAAUUGAGAAAAAGUUGAGAGA